AAAAACAUUUUUUUGAUGAAUAUUUCUGAUCGGUAGGGAUGGGUACUGUCACACUCUGUCCUGUCUCCCCGUUCUGUUCAGUCAUGUGUCCCUGUUAAUUGCUCCCACCUGCCUCGUCUUCCAAUCACCCAAGCUCCCAGCUCCUCAUGUAUUUAAGCCCUCUCAGUUCUGUGUGUCUUGUCAGUUCACUGGGGCGACGGUGGCACAGGAGUUAAGUGCUCGCCCCGUAAUCAGAAGGUUGCAGGUUCGAGCCCCGCUCAGUCUGUCGCUGUCGUUGUGUCCUUGGGCAAGACACUUAACCCACGUUGCCUGCUGGUGGUGGUCGGAGGGACCGGUAGCACCAGUGCUCGGCAGCCUCGCCUCUGUCAGUGCGCCCCAGGGCAGCUGUGGCUACAUUGUAGCUCAUCCCCACCAGUGUGUGAAUGUGUGUGUGAAUGGGUGAAUGACUGAUUGUGUUGUAAAGCGCCUUGGGGGGUUCCAGGACUCUAGAAGGCACUAUAUUAAAUACAGGCCAUUAAUCAUAUACUGUUUCCAUGUCCUGCGUGCGUUUGUCAUUAAAGACCUUUUACAUGUUCCAGUUUGUCUGUCUCCAUGCUUCCUCCCCAGCAUUUGGAUCCUCACAACCGCUCAACUCACCUGCACCGUGACAGAAUGAACCGACCACCCGAAGGAUCCAGCGGGGAGGUUCUCCCCUGGGAGUACCUGCUCCGAUGGCUCACCCCGAGCCACCAGCCAGCUUCUCCUCCUACAACGCCCCCACACCGCCGAUGCCGCCAUCGAGCCUCGGCGAUCCUCCCCACCCUCCCGGAGCCAGAGGAGAGGUUGGACUGGGAGAUGCAGCCGGACUGAUCCUGCUAUGUGGGCACCAGGCUGUGUGCUCCCCUGGCGUUGGUCCACGACACCGGGAAGGAACCCCGGCUCCACCAACACCUCCAGCCCCGGAGUGGCCCCGCAGGCUCACCACCACCCCGGCUCAGUGCGCCAGCUUGGACCCGCCCCCAGUCAGGUCAGCGGCUCCACCUCCGGUCCAGUCAGCGCCUCCUUCAUCUGCAGGCAGAGGGACCAAGCCUGCAGCCCAUCGGACAGAGCUCGCCGGCCUCCAAGCGGAGCUUGGCUGGCUCCGUCAACUCAUCAGCCUCCAGGAGUUCCAGCUGGACACCCUAUCCCCCCUGUAUCUCCAGGAGAGGGUUUCUGUCCAGCCAGUGGCCCCGCCUCCUGUCCAGUCAACAGCUCCCUCAUCUCCAGGCCCCCAAGUCCAAGAGGCUCUGCCCCCGGCCCAGCCUGUCCAGUCAGUCCCUAGUCCGGCACCUCCAGUCCAGUCGUCAGCGCCCAGUCUGGCGCCUCCAGUCCAGCCAUCAGCGCCACUUCCGGCAUCUCCAGUCCAGCCGUCAGCGCCACGUCCGGCGCCACCAGCCAAGGCAGCGGUCCCGCCUCCAGCCAAGCCAUCAGCGGCAUGUCCGGCGUCGCCAGCCAAGGCAGUGGAUUCGCCUCCACUCAAGUCGACGCCCGGUCCGGCGCCUCCAGUCCUGUCUGCGCCUCCAGCCAAGUCGGCACCUCCAGCCAGGUCGACGCCUGGUCCGGAGCCGCCAGUCCUGUCAGCGCCCGUCGGGGCCAGGUCUGGCGCCUCCACUCCAGUUGGCCCCUCCCCUCAAGUCAGCGCCUCCAGCCAAGUUGACGCCUCCGGCACCCCUCCUCAAGUCAAUGCCUCCGGACCCGCUCUGCAUCAUCUCCGCCUGCAGUCACCGCUGGCCCUGCCCUCGCCAGGCGCAAAGCCCCCAGAGCCCGGCGUCAUCCCCUGUGCCCCAGAUGCAGACCCCACAGACUCCGGCCUCGCCUCCUGUGCGCCGAACACAGGUACCACAGACUCCGGCCCCGCUUCCUGUGCUCCAGAUGCAGGCCCCCUAGACUCUGUCUUGGCUUGCGUUGGGCGUCCGGUGCCGCCCUUUCUUUGUUGUCACACUCUGUCCUGUCUCCCCGUUCUGUUCAAUCACGUGUCCCUGUUAAUUGCUCAUUUAUUUCCGACGCCAGCUUCCGACGCCAGCUCUUAA